CCAGCUGCCACGACGAUGUCGACGCAGCCGACCACCCCGGGCCCCACCGAGCCUCCAAUCACGGACGGCAUCCACCGCACGGUCGUCUUCAUCCACAAGCAGACCACAGACGGACAGGACAUGUUCGCCACGGGCGGCGUCGGACCCGAUCAGCGCCCCGGGUGCACGGAGGACGCGGAGACGAGCGAAUGUGCCAUCAGCAUCACGACCAAUUCCCUCGGAGAAGGGGAACACUACGAUAAAUAUAAUUCCUGGAGGGAAGGAGACACGAAGUUGGACUGGUACGGGGAGCAAUCUGGACAGGGAUCGUUUAAUGGGCAACCGGUGGAAGGGACUCCUCUCGCCUGGACUUCAAAUCUGCAAGACGAUCCUGGAUAUCAACCCUUGAACACAUACGGGGAGCACUAUUGGAUGGUGGACAUGGACAUGGAUUGCUCGGAGACGGAACAAGGUUGGUUCGAGGUGAAGGGAUUCGUGAAGGGGGGAGUCGGCGAGGAGACGGACGUGAGUCAGGCCGCGAAUUGCAGGGGGACUGCAGGUGGGGCUGCUCCUUAUUCUUCUGCUCAUCAUAUGGGGAAGUGUGGAUACCUCAAUGUCUUCAAGUUCUCCGAUCCGAGCUGCAUCAUCGAGGUCAUAAGCGAAUGAGAGAAAUCGAAGCAGCGGCACUUGCCAAUAAAUCGAUUCCUGUGACCAGA